AUGUCACCUCAUUAUUAUCUUAGCUACAAAGCCGAUCUAUCAUCACUGCCGCCAAGGUCAGGCCCGUUCAAUGACUUUCUGGCUCGAUUCCACGUCAUCCAGAACGACGUUCUCGAUAUUCCUUCAUUCAUUCAAGCUCUGAAAGAGAAACGCUACGGCGAUUUCGUCGUCACCUUCCGGCCGCACUUUCAGUCGGGAGGAGAGAUGGGUAAGUGGGAUGAUGAACUCAUCGAGUUGCUGCCAUCUUCAGUUCGCAUUUUUGCAUCUGUCGGGCUGGAUUCAACUGGGCGGACGUCGAGGCCCUUGGACGCCGAGGGAUCUGUCUCAGAUACAACUCUCUACAUGAUCCUGUCGGUCUUUAGGAACUUCACUCGGACGCAGCUGGCUGCACGAACAGCCGACCCCGAGAUUUUUACGGCAUCUCACAAGCUCAUCGCAUCGAUCUCGCAUAAUCCGCGCGGACAUAUUCUCGGCCUCGUGGGACUCGGCAAUAUCAGCAAGAAGGUCGUUGACGAAGAGGCUCUGAUUGAGGCCCUCGAGACUGGUUCGCCAUCCGCUGCUGGCCUCGACGUUCACUACCAUGAGCCGCAGGUCUCCCCGAGGCUCGCGGCCAUGGACGCCGUCACCCUGAUCACCCAUAUUGCCGGAGGUGCGUUGAACACCCGCAUCAACUUUGAGCUCAAUUCCAUGGAGAACAUUCUCGCGACUGUGGGAGCCCAGGGAGAGCUCAUUGGUCAGCCGUUUACCCCAGUCAAUAGUAAACAAGUGUUAGAGUAUCUCAAAGCACAGACUUAG